GUUCGCCCAAGUUCCCCUAUUGGAGGUAUCUCUUCACGCUAUCUCCAACGUCAACCCGACGCCCUCAAGUACUCAGAGAUCAAGAAGUCGCCAAAGUGGCGGUCACGCAAGACCCAAAUAUCAUCAGCCGAACGUUUCCAAUGAUUCAAUAACACCAGUGGCUUCCUACUCUCUUUUCGCUACUCUGCAACACAAGUGUCGCCAGGAUUUUGUACCCAGUGAGCCUUGGUGCUCGACUUGUCGCCCGUCUUUUGAUUCGGAGCCAAGAUUAAAUUCUCUUGGCCAAAAUGCCUACUCUAGACACAUCCAACUUCAACAUCGUCUGCGCGACGCUUGGUGGAUUUAUCACGAUGUUUGGCCUCGUGUCCUAUCUCUUCAAGGAGAAGUUUUACCUCUCUGAAGCUUUGAUAUCCUCCAUUUUUGGGAUAAUCUUCGGACCCCAUGCCGCCAACUUUAUCCGCCCUGAGGAAUAUGCCAUCAGAUCAACAGACACACUCAAUACCAUAAAUCUGUACUUUACGCGGUUGGUCUUGGGUGUGCAGCUGGUUCUGGCGGGUGUACAGCUGCCCUCCAAAUACUUGCAAAAGGAAUGGAAGAGUCUAUCGCUUUUGCUUGGUCCGGGUAUGACAGUUAUGUGGCUCGUAACAAGCCUGCUUGUCUGGGCUUUCGUACCGCACAUGAGCUUUCUCUAUGCGCUCGCUGUCGGUGCAUGCGUCACACCAACGGAUCCCGUUCUGUCCAACUCGAUCGUCAAGGGAAAGUUUGCCGAUAAGAAUAUCCCAAAAGAACUGGCAAAACUGAUCAUCGCCGAGUCUGGUGCUAACGAUGGCCUGGGAUAUCCGUUUCUUUUCCUUCCAUUGUAUUUGAUCAAGUACGUCGGUCACGGAGGUGAUGGGCAGACAGGAGGUGCCGGCAAAGCUAUGGGACUUUGGUUCGCUGAGACGUGGGCCUAUACUAUACUCCUGAGCAUUGCCUAUGGCGCUGUAGUAGGCUGGUUUGCCAAAGAACUGUUGCACUGGGCAGAAAGAAACAGAUAUGUCGAUAGGGAGAGCUUUUUGGUUUUCUCUAUCGCUCUUGCUCUCUUUAUUGUCGGCACAGUCGGCAUGAUAGGAAGCGAUGAUGUUCUAGCCUGCUUUAUUGCCGGCAACGUCUUCACUUGGGAUGACUGGUUCCGCCUCGAGACCGUCGAUGACUCUCUUCAACCAACCAUCGAUAUGCUUCUCAACGUCAGCAUCUUCAUCUGGUUUGGUGCAGUUUGCCCUUGGCCAUCUUUUGGUCUUAGUCCAGUCAUCCCAGCCUAUCGCCUGGUAUUCCUGGGAAUCUUGGUCCUCCUGUUACGUCGGCUUCCAAUUGUGUUCGCCAUGCAUAAGUUAAUUCCACAGAUAGAGCAGCCUCGCCAAGGACUAUUCGUCGGCUUCUUUGGACCCAUUGGCGUCAGCGCGAUCUUCUACCUGUACAUCAGCCUCGAGUUUCUAGAAGGAAUCACAGUCGAUGGCGAGAUCCGCCCCGAUGCCGAGCACCUCGCCGAGGUCAUGAGGGUUGUUAUCUGGUUUCUGGCAAUCUGUAGCAUUUUUGUCCACGGACUCAGUAUCCCCGUCGGAAAGCUGGGCAUCCUCAUCCCGCGGACCAUUUCAAGAGGUAUCAGCGCUGAUAAGGACCAAGAAGAGCCCGCGCCCUUCCGCAUCCGCAUGCAUACUGGGCAUGAAAUGGACAACAUUCUCAGAAACCGUCGUUCUGGAGUAUCGACACCGCGCUCCAACAGCCCGAGGCCGAUCUAUAAGAUUGGUGGUAGCAUCGCGAAGGGCCGUGACAGCCAGAAGAAGGGCAAAUCGCCCUCUCCAGAGCUUAACCGGCCUGUUGAUGGUAUAUCCAUGGCAGAGGAAGGCAACUCGCCUGACCGUGUCGAGGAUACGGCGCUCAGAGCUCAUUCGAUUCGCUUUGCCGACCGCAUGAGCAACUAAGCAUAGUUGGAUGAGAAAGGAAAGGACAAGUCAUACUGUUCCUUUUCGCACUGAGCAUGAGUUGUUCUGCUACAACUAAGCCAAGGAACAAAAGGACAUGACAACGAAUCUGCUCCUAGUUGCCAACAUCGAUCGAGCAUCACUUUUAAAGUACUCGUACGAAAGGGCCCUUGGACUUACUGGGCGCUAAUGAUUUCAUUUCUGGGCUCUGCUCAAUAAAUUUCCUAGAAAAACUUUCUUUCUUUCUUCCAAGGAUUUUGCGGUUAGAACGUUCACUACUUUUCGCACUUUGAUUUUGGGUCUCAACAUAUAAAGUCGUUUCUUACGGCGUUCCGCUCUUUACCAAUGAAUUCUCGCGUCGCAUGGUUAUCUUAAAGUCUUUAAACUCUUUGUUGUGCCAGC